AGGGGGGAAAAUGUUUGGAAAUACCAGAAAACUGCUUCUCAUUUAAUAUUUUCAGUUUUUCUGGUAAUUCUCUAUAAACUCAAGAAAUGGUUGUGUAGGUCAGCCGUUUUUCAGAUACUCAGACCAGCCUGUCUGCCACAUUCAAAGUCACUUAAAUCACCUUUUUUCCCCAUUCUUAUGCUUGGUUUAAGCUUCAUCAGGUCAUCUUGAUCUUGUGUACAUAACUAAACGCACUGAGUUCCUGCCACGUGAUUGGUUGAUUAGAUAUUUCUGUUAACAAGCAGUUGAAGAGGUGUACCUAACAAAGUGGCCAGGUAGUGUACUUUUGUUCUCUUGUGUGGCAUCAUCUGCUUUGGGAUCAUAUGCAACUCAUGCACAACGCUGACUUCUAGAGGCAAGUCACAUUUAUGUUUGUAGGUUGAAUUAUUUAAGCUACCCUCAUAGGUCAAUCAAAUCUGUUCAAGUAUCAUUAAAAUACUCUUUCACCAGAAGUAAUUCAACUCCAGCAAAGUUUCUUUUAGGGCUAAAAUGGCUUAAGGGUUCAUCUAUUUAUUUCCAGGGAUUGUCUUUGUAAAUAAUUAGAAAGUAAAAGCUCUGUUAAUAACUGCAGUACUCCUGAGUUUCUGACUAAAAAUAAGUGAAAUAGGAAGGUACAACAAUGGUGUUGCAGAGGAGACAAAUCCAGAUUACUUUCAGAGUAUGAUUCCACAAAACAGGACAUAUGAUUGUUAUUUUUGUAGUCUGUUUGCAGUUAAAAUAAUUGUAUUUAGUAUAUAUUGUUAAGAGUACUCCGUGUGAGGUGCCACUAUAGCUCAACUGGUUGUGCUGAGGGCUAGUGACCUGGGUUUGAGUCCACUUUGAGCCUUUCUCCGUCACUCUAUGCACUGUACUACCCACCAAAGGGUGAGUGUGGUGUGUAGACCAAAAUCUGUAUAUAAAAGAUGGCUGUAACUCGCCAUAAAAAUCACCCACUGGUUUGUAAAGUCCUGUUUUGGGGCCUUGAGGAUGAGCAUUCUUGGUGUUUUGAAAUCACAGGCGGUGAGUGACACUGCACGCUCAUACUGUACCGACUAAUGCAGCCACGCGCUAAAGUGUUCACUGUUUUAUUUACCAGCUUUGAGUUUAUUUGGGACUAGAGUGUACAAAUGAGUCAUUUUGUGUUAAAACUGAGACUUAAAAGUGUCAAAUGAGAACAUGAACCUACCAGUGUGCUUACUGAGGUCAUAAAGGAAGAAUGCAGGUUUAAGGCACUUCAACAUUCCAGGUCAUUUUUCAGACCUGGAGGCUACAUCCAUCUCCAUCUUUUUUAGUCUUUUGUUUAAACUUUAUUAAACUUUAUAACACAGCACAUGGCCAUACAACACGAAAAAUAUGCCGAGUUAAAAUUAACAGAAUGGAAAGGGGGUACAUAGGGGAGUAUGGGAUAUGAAUGAGUGUAUUGCAUGUGUUCAUCUUAUAUAUACAGUCUGUUGUUUCCACCAGCUCCAGGUGGAAAUAUCAGCUGUCUGUGUCUGUGAAAAAUAAUGUUGAAGUAAGGUGAGACUGAACCACAGUAAUGCUGUCUGAUAAUUCAGUACUGCGGGCUACACGUUUCAAAACACGAUGUAUUCCAAAUAUAAAAUAUUGGCUAAGGCCACCUAACUUCUCCGUGUUAAUAAUAUUUCUGCCCAAACAGAUCACCUUUGAAACAUUGAUCAGCUGGAAAUUUGGGUUUGACUCCAAAUUCUUUUAAAGAAAUACAGUUUUUACCUGCUGCAGGAAAUUAAUAAAAUGUUGGAAUUACAGCCAGCAGAGGACAUAAGAGCAAACACUACAGUGUCUCUUCCUCCAACUGUUUUGUGUGCAAACAGAAGUACACGCCUGUUGCUGUUACCUGUGGGUUUCUUCAUGCUAGCUCCUCCUCUCAGCAGUGGCUGCUGUAAGGUGAGCCAUAGGAAACUCAGACCGCUUUGUUAUUUACCUUGACAACAGCUGGUUCUUUUCCAGGGAAUAAAAAUGGAAUAAGCUUCCUGCUCCCAGUUGUUUUUUCUUUUUCUUUUCUUUUCUUUUGCUUUCUUGGACUACUUUACCUUUAGCACAUGAGACACAAUGGAUGGGGAAAUGAAAGGAAAUGCUAUGCAGGCUCUGGCCGAUUAUGAUGACAGUGACAGGAUUGACGCCUACGGUUUUGAGAGACGUGGCGAUAUCGACUCCUACAAGGAGAUGAUGAAUCAGUAUGUAGAUGUCCUCAACAGGAGGUCCAUGAGAUGGUCGAAGCUCCUUCAGGAGAAGCCUCAUGUGGAGAAGAACUUCACAGUGAAGAGGUUUGUUCGUAAAGGUGUGCCUAAUGAGCACCGUGCCAGGAUCUGGAUGGCGGCUAGUGGUGCCCAGGAACAGCUGGAGAGUAAGCCAGGUUAUUACCAGUCUCUGCUGGGCAUGGAGCAUGACACCAAGCUGAAAGAAACCAUUCACACAGAUAUGCACAGGACCUUUCCUGACAACAUCCUGUUCAAGAGCAAAGCAGAGCCAGGCAUGCAGAAGGCUCUGUUCAAUGUCCUGCUGGCCUACGGACACCAUAAUCCUACAGUGGGCUACUGUCAGGGCAUGAACUUCAUUGCAGGCUACCUCAUAAUCAUCACGAAAGACGAAGAGAAAUCCUUCUGGCUUAUGGAUGCACUGGUGGGCAGGAUACUCCCAGACUACUACACCCCGGCCAUGUUGGGUCUGAAGACUGACCAGGAGGUCCUUGGUGAGCUGGUUAAGGUCAAAGCUCCUGCGGUCGGACAGCUCAUGGCCCAGUACCCCGGCAUAUGGACGCUGGUGGUGUCUCGCUGGUUUAUCUGCCUCUACAUUGAUGUACUCCCUAUUGAGACUGUUCUGCGGGUCUGGGAUUGUCUUUUCUACGAGGGAUCCAAAGUACUUUUCCGCGUGGCUCUUACUCUCAUCCUUCACCACCAGGCAGAGAUCCUGAGAGCGCGCUCUUUGCCUGACGUGUGCGAAUGCUUCAAACAGAUCACUUCUGGGGCUUUCACUCUGGACUGCCACACCUUUAUGCAGAAGAUCUUUACGGAACCUAAGAGCCUGUCGAUGUCGACUAUUGAUAAACUGAGAGAGAAAUGCAGACAACAAAUUCUCAAGGAGGAAUCAGGACACCCAUGAGGUUCAGGACGCACUUUCCCCUUAUACUGGAUGUAAUAAAACAAAGGCUCAGGCAGCGUAAGUAACACUGUACAGUCAGGAACUUAUGAAACAUGACUACAGGAACUGUAUGAAACAUACAUGUUGGUGACUCUUCUGGUUACUUCUGUGAUUUAUACUUUGUUACACUCUAAUCUGGCAGACUGGGUAUCUAAAUAUGAAGGCUUAUGCUUUUGAGCCUUUUCUUUUGAUUUUGACUCCAAUCUUUCACCUACUAUAUUUGCUGCUAUAUAUACAGAAGUACAUUAAGAUCAUAACACGACACCAAACAGCAUUUACAUGUGUAUUUUUAAGAACACUUUUGCUUUGGUGAUUAUGGACGGAUCACUUAUUUUUACUGUGAAUACUUUUAGUUUUGUCUCUUGCCUUUAGGACUGCUGUUUACAAGAGAACGUAAAGCUGAAGGGUCACGCUUUUAAUGUGGUGGUUUCUGUCCAAAUUUAUGGAGCUCAGUCUCAUUUUUCACUUUUUGUUGUAAAAUAAAACCCAUUAACUUAC